AUGGCGGGCAGUCUUGUAUCUGUGGUUUCUAUCAAAACGAGGCAGGAGCCAGGGUUACAGGGCUGGCGGUUGACCGAGACGACCGGAGAACCAGGAAGAGAGGCCCAUCUAGACCAGAGUGUCACCAUCCUCCACGCGAAGGUGGCUCAAAAGUCCUAUGGCAAUGAGAAACGAUUCUUCUGUCCUCCUCCCUGUGUUUACAUCAGCGGUCGAGGAUGGAGGGUCAAGCAAGACCAUCUCAAAUCAGCUGGUUAUGGACAGUCGGUGUACCGUGUGUGUGGCUACAUGUGUUUGGACUGCUCCAGUCAGUCCCAGGCAGACACGUUCAAAUUGGUCUUUGACGAUCAGCCAAACUAUAAGUUUGCUUGCGCCAAGUCGCUGUACAUCUCUGACCAGGACAAGAGGAAACACUUCCGCCUGUUGCUCCGCCUCUUCCUGGGCAACGGCCAGGACAUUGGCUCUUUCCAGAGCAAAAUGAUAAAAGUCAUCUCCAAACCAUCCCAGAAAAGGCAGUCUAUGAAGAACGCCGACCUGUGCAUCUCCUCGGGGUCCAGAGUGGCUCUGUUUAACCGCCUUCGCUCCCAGACAGUCAGCACUCGCUACCUGUCUGUGGAGAAGGGAGCCUUCAUAGCCAGCGCUAGACAAUGGACAGCGUUCUCUAUCACCCUGGUGGAGGAACCACGACCUGACCAAGGGGACUUUGUUCUGAGCGAAGGCUUCAUCUGCUAUGGCUGUGUGGUCCAGUUAGUCUGCACCUAUUCUGCAGUGGCUCUUCCACCCAUGGUGAUCCGUAAGGUCAACAAGCAACACGCCAUCUUGGAUGUGGAUGAGCCGGUCUCUCAGCUCCACAAGUGUGCUUUCCAGUUCAGAGAUAACCCACACGCCUUCCUCUGUCUCUCCAAUGAUACCAUCAUCCAGUACCAGUCCUUAUCCAGUGUAAGAGACAACAGCAGAGUUGUGCUGAAUGAUGGGUCCUGUUGGACCAUCAUCGGUGUGGAAGUGGUGGAAUUCACUUUUAAUCAGGGCCUGGCCAACAUUCAGACACCUGUUAGUCCUGUGCCAGUUAUUACUGGGCUAGAGGUAAAUGGUGGUGGACAUGUAGCAAUGCUUGAGAUCAAUGGAGAGAACUUCAGCCCUCAUCUCAAAGUAUUGUUUGGCAACAGCGAGGCUGAGACCAUGUUCAAGUCCCCAAAAUCCCUGAUUUGCGUGGUCCCCGAUGUCUCCGUCUUCAGCGAAGGCAGGUGCUGCCUCAGACGCAUCAUCACCGUCCCGCUCUCUCUAGUCCGACUGGACGGCCUCAUCUACCGCACCUCCUUCGGUUUCACCUACACCCCUGAGCUCCAGCUGCCCCCACCCAUCUGCACACUGGGGGGAGGAGGAGGAAGAGGUGGAGGACAGGGGAAAGGAGAAAUGAAGGGAGGACAGGAGGAAGAUGCUCUCUUAGACUCCAUCCAUCAGGAGUUCACCAGAGCCAAUUUUCACCUCUUCAUGCAGAGCUAG